AUGUAUGCCCCCUCUCUCGGUGUGCAACGGAUCGACGAAACACUGCCCGCGGCAGUCUACGCUCUUCUCUCCGGCCUGAAUGCCUCGACAGUAGGCAUUGUUGCCCUCGCUGCCGUCCAACUAGCUGAAAAGGCAAUUCGUGACAAGAUUUCCCGUAUCCUUGUUAUUUUCGGUGCAUGUGCAGGCCUCUGCUAUAGUGCACACUGGUAUUUCCCAAUUCUUAUGGUUGCGGGUGGUGUUUCCACGGCACUGGGGGUUGGUUGGAUAUAUCAACAAAUUCUCAGGGCAAAGAUGGCGUGGAGAAAAAGGAAUCGGCAGCCCGAACCGGAGAAUGACGCUUCUGGAUCGGUAGGCCAGGAGCAUUUGUCUAUGCGGUAUUCAGGGCAGGGUGCAGGAACAGAGAUGCUGCGAGUGAGGAAGUCAGUUGCAGCGGCAUCCCCGUCUUACUCAACCGAUAUUCAGGUCUCCGAAGGAGGGGGAACCCCUCCUGCACCGCAGCAUAUCAUUCGGAUCCGUGUGGGGGCUGCAAUACUGAUGUUCCUUUUUGCUUCCUUCAUCGCCAUUCUCGUCGCAAGAGCCAAACUCUCCGCACCGCCUCUAUCUUUCGACCUCUUCGCGAAUAUGUACCUAGCCGGCACUGUGAUCUUCGGCGGCGGCCCCGUUGUCAUCCCAUUGCUCCGGUCAUACGUCGUGGACCCGGGUUGGGUUUCCAGUCGAGACUUCCUGAUCGGCCUCGCAAUCAUUCAGGCCUUUCCCGGUCCAAACUUCAACUUUGCAGUCUUUCUCGGCGCUCUUGCCGUCCGAAAUACAUCCUACCAGACAGUCCUCGGUGCCUUCCUUAGUGGGCUAGGGAUCUUCUUCCCUGGAAUUACCUUCGCCGUCGCAAUACAGUCAUUUUGGCGUGUCCUACGGAAACAGAAAUGUAAUGUUGACUUCCUCCGAGGUGUGAAUGCAUCAGCUGUUGGAUUAGUGUUUACUGCUGUGUACCGGCUUUGGGAAAUUGGAUACCUAACUCCGCAGGAUCGUGAUGGGCAGAGUUUGGCGAAGGGGCCCUGGUGGGUUGUUAUUGCCGCUAUUAUGUAUGCCCAGAGUGCAUGGUUCUUCAAGGUCCCACCUGCGGUUGCAAUUGUGCUAGGUGCUGUGCUUGGAUUGAGUUGGUAUGGAGUUGUUAGUCCUGUCAGGUGA